GCGACAUUAUUUGUACGGAGUUUCAUGUAAGGUGUUCACGGAUCAUAAAAGUUUGAAGUAUAUCUUCACUCAAAAAGAUAUGAACAUGAGGCAAAGAAGAUGGUUAGAGUUGCUCAAAGAUUACGACAUCGACAUUCAAUAUCAUCCCGGAAAAGCAAAUAAGGUGGCAGAUGCACUUAGUAGAAGGCCAAGGAGUGAAUUAAGCUUUUUAUCGCAAUGCCAGAUGAACUGAGUAAAGAGAUAGAGUUAUUUGAACUCGUUUUAGUACGUUCAGGGGAAAUUGGAGGAACCAUUAAUGCUUUAACUGUCCAACCUGACCUAUACUCAGAGAUUCGGGAAAAGUAAAUCCAAGAUGCAUUCCUGCAGGGUGUCAAAGAAAAGAUUAAGAAUGGCGAAACUCAGGAAUUUGCUCAAUAUGAAGAUGGAAGUAUUAGACUGAGGGGACGAUGGUGUGUUCCCGAGGAUCAGGAUUUAAGACAGAGGAUUUUGAAGGAAGCUCAUAGUAGUCCGUAUUCAGUGCAUCCUGGUAGGGACAAAAUGGUGCGAGAUCUUAAGAAAUACUUCUGGUGGAGAGGCCUCAAGAAGGAUGUAGCGAGAUAUGUAGCGAGAUGUUUAACAUGUCAAAAGGUGAAGUUUGAGCGCCAGAAGGCACCUGGGUUAUUGCAACCAUUACCUAUUCCAGAAUGGAAAUGGGAUUGUGUCUCAAUGGAUUUCGUGUCUGGGUUACCAAGAUCUAGGAAAGGAAAUGACUUAAUUGGGGUAAUAGUGGAUCGUCUCACAAAAACGGCGCGAUUUCUUGCAAUAAAGGGGACUUGGAAUCAGUCGCAGAUGGCUGAUGCUUACGUUCGGAAUAUUGUUCGUCUUCAUGGGGUACCAGUAAGCAUUGUUUCGGAUAGAGACCCCCGAUUUCUGGCUGAUUUCUGGGAGAAACUUCAGGAAGCUUUUGGAACAACAUUGAAAUUUAGUACAGCAUUUCAUCCUGCUACCGAUGGUCAAACUGAACGUACAAUUCAGGUAUUGGAAGAUAUGUUGCGAGCUUCUGUUUUGGAAUUCCAAGGGUCUUGGGAAGAUCAUUUAGCUUUGAUAGAAUUCUCUUAUAACAAUAGUCAUCAAACCACAAUAGGAAUGGCUCCAUAUGAAGCCCUGUAUGGUCGGAAGUGCCGAACGCCGAUUUGUUGGGAAGAUUUAAGGAAUAGAGUACCUGUAUACACAAGGCCAAUUACAAUUAUGUCUUCCUCAAUUGAAGUCAUUGAGAAUAGAAAGAUGCCCAUUGCUGACAUUUAUGCCGCUGUGUCCCAAGACAGAAAAACUGCAUUUAGUUGUAUUUAAUGAAUGACUCCGGAUAGUGCAUACUAAAGGAGAUGAGAAUUUCUAUGCUCCAUUACAUUCAUCAUCAUCUGAUCCUGAAAACCCGAGGAGCACUAUUCCCAUUCCCAUGUUAAGAGAGGUAUACAUAAACAAUGUGGCAUGGCUAAAUUCGCUGCCUAUGGAGGCUUUUAGGUGUCUCACUCAUAUGACAAUAAAAAACGACAAGGUAGAGAGUUUGGGAGAAGUUGGGGAGGUGUUUCGGAGCUGCUCAUCUUCUUUGCGAUCCUUGAAUAUCACAGGUUGCUCCAACUUAAGAAGUGUUUCUGGAGGGCUGGAGCAUCUCACUACUUUGGAGAUGUUAGAAAUAUACGACACCCAUAAGCUGAGUCUUUCAGAAGACCCAGAAGGUGUUGUGCCAUGGAAAUCCCUUCAUCACUCCCUCAGCUACUUGCAAUUGAUGAAUCUCCCACAGCUGGUCAACCUGCCUGAUUCGAUGCAGUUCUUGGUCUCCCUCCAAACCCUUUCAAUGGUGCAUUGCAGUAAACUGGAAUCAGUGCCAGAUUGGAUGCCCCAACUCACUUCCCUCAGGAAGCUUAUGGUUUCAUUCUGUUCCGCACAUCUGGAGAGAAGAUGUCAAAAUCCAACUGGGGUGGACUGGCCUAACAUUCAACACAUCCCCUCCAUUGAUGUCACCUCUAGCCGUCCUAAGUUUUUAGUGUUGCCGUAUGAAUAGGUAUAUACUUCUUUGGUUUUGGUUCGUGCUUCCAUUUAGCUCAAAUUGGAAACGAGUGUAUGACAUCAGAGUCUUCUCAACGGUGACCAAUCUGCAGUUAUUACCCUACGUGUAUGUUCUGAUUUAUAGUGAUGGCAAUGUUCAAUAGUUCAUUAUAAUCGCAAAUCAAAUUUCUUUGUCCAUUGUUUAUAAUCCCAAAUCCAAUUUCUUUGGAAGAUUGUGCUGAGGAGAGCUUGAUGAAGGAACUUGUUUAAGGUUUUUUCUCUUAUAGAUUAUCUUUCUACCAUUGUUUAUAAUCCCAAAUGCAUCUUGGUCUGAGAAGGAAUUCCAUAUUUUUUCUAGUUUUACUUGAGGUUAAGGCUGUUUAUAAUCACAGGCUUUGCCAAUAGCAUAAUUUUUAUAAAGUACUACUGUACAGAUUAUAAUCUUCAAAGGUUUGAGAGAAUCGUCCUAAAUUCAUGUAAAGUUGGAGUUAAGGAGCAGGAAAUGGAGUUACUCAAGUGUUAAUGCAAUCAGCUCAAAAAAUUACUAAUACAGAACUUAUUCGUGGCACAACUCAGAAGCCUUUAUAAUUAUAAAAGUAGUAAAGAUUUCGUUCGGAAAGAAUUAUUCAUAUUAGAGUACAAUGAAUAAUUUGCUUUGGCAAAGCCAUCUGAAGGUCCUUAAGAAAUGUUUAAUGCAGGUGAUUUAACUUGCUGUGAUUAUGUCACCAGGAGAACUUGCUUAUCAAAGAAUUCAGUAGCAAGUUGGUCGAUACUCGACAGAACAUCCUUAUCAAACAUGUUAAUGCAGAGCUUUCUCGAGACCCCGCCUCCUGACCGUGCCCAGCACACCCCAACCAUUCCCAGCUCUACUAGCUAGUAUCAGCAUACAUGGCCAACAUGGGAAGAGCCAGGACUGUAAGCAUGUCGUUUACUGAGUCACAGCUGCUGUCAGCAGCAGGAGAUGGAGAUGAGGAAUUCCUAAUAGAAGCUCUUGCUACUCAACCUAUUGAUUACUUCCUAACGCGGAGCAAAAACAAAAAUGGUGAAGAACAUUGCAAUAUUAUCCACAUUGCAGUGUUAAAUGAACAAGCAAAGUUCCUCAAUCGAGCAUUGAGUAUAUUACCCAUCUCAACUCUGCAUCUCCUUCUCUGUCAGCAAGAUUUUUCCUACUUUAGUUACAACCCUCUUCACUGUGCAUCUUUACGAGGUAACUUUACUAUUGUCAAGCUCCUCGUCGAGUUUUACGAAUCAUCAUCAUCUUCUUCUUCGUCGUUGGUUGAUCGAAGCUGUAGGCCAUGGUUAGCCAAGGAUGUGAACGGGAAGACGCCUUUGCAGGUGGCUUUGGAUAGGGGUAGAGAUGAAUGUGCAUUAAAAAUAAUGGGAUUAGAUGAAGAAUUGCUUUGUAAUAUGGUUGAUAAUAAAGGUAACAGCCCGCUAUUUCAAGCUGUACAAAGAGGUUGUGAACAAAUUGCUAUGAAGAUCUUGGCAUCGGGGCAUUCUUAUAGUACUGGUGGCGAGUAUGAGUUGACUCCCCUUCAUGUUCUACCAAAUUGCUCAGAGGAAGUUUGCGAACUUCUACUUGACAAGCAUCCAGAAAUGAUAAAAGCAGUCGACAAAAAUGGACUUACAAUCCUACACAAAUGGGCAAUGAUGGAUAAACUAUGGCCAUUUCAAUUUCUUUUAAAGCAAGAAAAAAGUUCUAGGUUGAGGAAGGACUUCAUCAACCUUUUAUGUGCAACUGAGAAGUCGACAGGCAACAAUCCUUUACACACAGCAGCUUAUUACCACAAUGAAGAAACUGUGCAGGUUGUGCAGCAUCUUGUAGAAGCUUAUAUAGAUGCUAAGGAACAAGGAGUGGAACUUCAGCCGAGCCCUUGGACAUGUGAGAAUAUAGAAGGAGAUACACCUUUGAUGGUAUCCUUAAUCAACAAACAUGAAAAAUUGGCACUGUAUUUCAUGUCUGUGGAUAUGGAGAAUUCAGUUGUAUAUGCAACCAAGAGUGUACUAUAUUGUGCUGUACUGCGUGGAUGUGAUGAAGUUGCAGAAGAAACAGUGGCUUCAGUUGAUCCUGCCUGCUUCAGCUUCAUGCAGCUUAAAGACGAUGGUGGGCGAAAUGUCUUGCAUGUUGCAUCAAAUUGCACAGAGAGAACAGGCACCUUGUUGGUGGAAAAGCUAGCUUGGUUGAUCAACGAGCCAGAUGAUGAUGGAAAGAGACCCCUUGAUAUAGCUUCAGAAGUUGGUAACGCAUGGCUUAUAAAAUUACUGCUGACAAAAGACCCUUCCUCAAACACAAGUGCGCCAUUUGCUUGGAUUGAAGCAUGUAAAAAAGGCUACUUAUCAGCUAUACAUGCUUUCAUAGACCAUUCCCCUGAUUUUAGAACAUUUUGUCUCCAAAGAAAAGACUCUCCUUUACAUCACAUACAACUGAGAAGUUACAAAGAAUACCAAGAAUUUCUUGCUAUUCCGUUGAUUCAAGAGAUGAAAAAUAUGCUCGAUUUCAGUGGUUCAACGCCCUUGCAUCGAGCAUUAGAACGUAAGGAUAUCCUCCUUGCUGAAGCACUGCUCUCUGGCGAUGGGGUUCAUAGAAGCAUCAAAGAUAAAAAUGGUAAAACUGCUACCGACCUGCUAGUAAAGCUGUGCGACCAAGAGUAUGAAUGGGAUACUAUGUGCAAACGUACACAAAUUAGUCCGUGGCUAACGACAAACUAUAUCGGAACUUCCUUUGCUAAUGCGGCCUUUAGAUACAGAGGCAAUACAAGACUUGGUACAACACCAUCAGCAGGAGAAAUGCGUAGCACACUUUCAGUCGUAGCAGCCCUUCUAGCAACCCUUACAUUUGCAGCUGGGUUUACACUUCCUGGAGGCCUUAACGAAGAUACUGGUGAAGCCAUCUUAGCAAAGAAGGUUUCAUUUCUAGUGUUUAUACUAGCAGACACAUACGCGAUGUGUUGCUCCAUGUUGGUGCUGUUCUGCCUCAUAUGGUCUAUGGUUAGCGACAGAGAUAAGUCACUUCUACUGAUUGAUCGAAGUGUUGUGAUACUCGUCCAAUCACUUUAUGGAACGUUAAUAGCAUUUAUGGCUGGAGUUUACACUGCUAUAUCACACAAGUCUUUGUGGGCAGCUAUUAUAGUCAUUGUUAUGUGCUCUUUCGUUGCGAUUUCAGCUAACAGAGCUAUUCUGGAUAAAGUGCUUGAUAAGUUGAUCCCUUCGGCUGAUAGUAAGAGAAGAAAUUAAACCCAGACACUGGAUGGAUUUCUGGAUGAUGUAGGCUCUCCUAUAAUCUUUCACUAUCUUAUGAUUUUGGAUAUUACUGUCUGCAAAUGUUAAACUCACACAUUGCUAUUAUAGUUCUUUGUUAUGCAAGUAUGGAUUCAACUAGUGGUGUCAGAAACAGAUCUGACCGCUGGGUCAACCUGAUUCUGACCUGACUUGAACCUGGUUCGACCUGGGAGGGUCAGUCUCCAGACCUGACCGAAACCUGACCUGGGAUUACCCAGACCUGACCGGCACCCGACAAGAUUAUAUCCUGACCUGUUCAGACAGACCUGCUCUCAAACCCGAACCCGACCGUAAUCAACAAGAUAUUAUAAAAAUUCAAUUAUUUUUUAUAUCUACAAAAUUAUUUAAAUAUGUUAAUUUAUAAAUUUGCUUACAUUUAAUAAUUAAUUAAAUAAAAAAUUAAAUUACAUUCAACCUAACCAUUUGAGGGUUACACUUUCAAUAUCAUGUAUUGGUUUAUAUUUUUAUUUCAUUUAUUUUUGAAUUAUUUGUAACAUUACUCUCUUAAUUCAUGU